AUGACAGCAACAAACAACAACAGCAACUAUAUCGUUUCUGAUGGAAAAGUUAUUGAUUCAUUAGCUGAGGAAUUAGUUGUGGCAGAAACUAAAACCCUCAACGAAAGAAUUAGUGAAAAUAAGAUUGAUUUACAUAACUACCUCAAACAUGAUGGAGGAAGAGGAAGGAAAACUGGUAUGGCUUUAUUAGUAAAUAAAAUUUCAAAUUUAACGAUUAUAGAUAUUGAUAUCAAUAAAUCGUACAAUGAUGAACUUAAAGAAACAGUUAGAAAAGAUAUUUUAUCAAAACUUUCGGAUAAAGAUGUUAUCGUUAAAACCGCUUCAGGAGGUCUUCACAUUUAUUGCAACACUAAUUUCUUCUAUGCAGUUUCGAACAGAAUGAUUAAAUGUUAUUCCUGCAAUGAUUAUGAUAUUGAUAUAAUGACUUCUAUGGAUGAUUCAAAGCGUUCUUUAGUAGUUAUGGCUGAUUCAAGAGUUCGAAAGAAUGCAUCAGAACCAAUCAAUACAUACUCAUUCAUUCGCGGAAGUUAUGAUUCAACAUUAACUAGAACAGUGAAUGAUAUAUUAAAUGAUUUGAAUAUUAAGGUAAGAGUUGAACAGAAGAACGAAGAAAUAAAGACUAUCAUGAAUGAAAACAAAGAUGUAAACAUUGACGAUAAACUUGCCCAGAGCAUAGUUGAUGGCAUCA